AUGUACUACUACCCUCGACACGAACCUCGACCCCCUCAGCAUCCUUUAAGAGGAGGCUUCUCAAGAUCCGCGGACUCGAAAUGGCCAGCCCGAUCGUCGUACGCGCCUAGGUAUCCGGUUUACGACUAUCAUGCCGAACCUCGAGCGGCUCCCUACCACCGGUCGCAGCGAGCAUCCGCAGCAAGCCCUCGUGACUCCUACACUCGAUUCAACCCUCCACCAGCUCCACCACGCCGGGUCUAUAUACCCGCUCCUCCACCACCCCGAGUCUACAUCCCCGUCCCAAAUCGGCACGUCCAUUUCGACCUCCCGAAUUCAUCAUCGCGAACGCACCACACGCGCAAACGCAGCCAUCCAGACCUCCACAGACCAUCCACCCCCGCCCAUCCCUCCCGCAAACGCAGCCUUUCCGACCUGCACAGACCGCACGCACCCGCGCAACCCCCUCGAAGACGCGCAGAACCCUCUCGACAACCCUCCUUCUACACCCUCCGCCCCGAACCAGUCUUGCCGCGUCCCCCCCGCGGCCCCGACGAACCAACAAUCCACAUCCUCACCUACUCUCUGCGCCGCGCCCCCUCCGCCUCGCACCACUCGGCCCUCCUGCGCACCUACCUCCCCCCCAGCACGCCGCAUCUCUACACCAUUAACGCGGCGAACCUCACCCCACCCCCGGGUCAAAUCUGCGCGCUGUACUCCGGCGUAAGCCGCACCGUGCAAUCCUACGUGCUGGCCGACGCGCGCGCACGCAAAGCGGUCGCGCAAGCCGUGGACGAGCUGCUCGAGUUUGGGCGGCGGGAGCGCCGGAGGCAGCGGGAGGGGAGACAGGGGCAGCGGGCGGUUGCGCUGAGUGUGUGCUGCGAGCUGGGGACGCAUCGCAGUGUGGCUAUUGCGGAGAGGAUUGCGGGGGAGGUGAGGGGCUGGGCGAGGAGUAGGGGUGUUGGGGUUAGGGUCAGGGUUGUGCAUGUGCAUCGGGUUAGGGGGGAGAGGGAUGAGUAUUGA